AUGCAAUGCAAUUCGCAAAAUAUAAGAUUGACAAAUUCAUCUUUAGCUAAAUCUAGUAUUGUUGCAGAAUGUUUCAAUAACUACUUACCUAAAAAUAAGAAAAAAGUAUCUACAAGAAAUUACUUAAACUCUAUAUUUUUUAUACUUAUAACAUUAUGGUUUGUUCUGUUUUAUCUAUUAUUACAACUGAAUGAAGAAAAAUCUUUUAGACUAUGGUCAAGUGAAUGUAAUUUAAGAAAAUUAGCACAACAGGAAAAUGAGAUAAAUAAUAAAAGUCAAAACAUUCAAGGAAAUAAUAAAAAAUCUUGUGAAGAAAGUGAAUUUGGUGAUCAAAAUUCUUGUAAAAAUGAUGAGACUAAGGAUGAAAGUGAUGAAAAUCUAAUUAGUUUUUUUUCAAAGGAGUUUCAGACUAUGAUAGAUUGCAGUAUGGAGGGAGAUGAUAUUAUGUUAUGUCGUAUCAGGAGGGAUAAUUCUCAGUUAAGCAAUAGCCAGAGAAAUAAUCAUCAUUCAAGUGAUAACAUGGAAAAUGAUCCUAAGUCAAGUAAUGACACAUGUAAUGAAACCCAGUCAGAUAAUGACACUACAAAAUGUGAUCCAUGCCAUUAUGCAUUAGGAGAUUUUUAUUUUCCAUUUUAA